AUGCAGUUGUUAAGUAAUAACCUCACUGGUGUCAUCCCUGCUUCCAUAGGAAACUUAACCAAAUUGUCUACUCUUUACCUUUUUGAAAAUAAGCUUUCCGGGUCAAUACCUCAAGAGAUAGGGAUGCUUGUAUCUCUUACAGAACUUAUUUUCUUUGAUAACAAUUUCUCUGGUUCAAUCCCUGCUUCCAUAGGAAACUUGACCAGCUUAUCUACUCUCUACCUUGAUCAAAAUAUGUUUUCUGGUUCAAUCCCUGCUUCAAUUGGAAACAUGACGAAGCUUGUGGGGUUAAGUCUUCUGUAUAUCUUUUAUCAGGGCCAAUUCCUUCGUUCAGCAAUCUUACUCAUUUGGAAUCACUCCAAGUAUCGGACAACCAUCUCGGUGGUCCAUUACACGAGAAUAAAGAUACCACCUGAGCUCAAACAUGCAACUCAAUUACAAGAAGUCGACGUCUCUUCAAAUCAUCUCAUGGGUGAGAUUCCCAAGGAAUUGGAAGCAUUGACAUUGAUGUUCAAUCUUUUGCUAAGUGGUAACCAACUUUCAGGCAAAAUUUCAUCAGAGAGUGGUGUUCUUUCAAACCUACGACAUCUUAACUUGGCAUCAAACAAUUUAAGUGGUCAAUUCCUAAUCGACUUGGAAAAUGCUCUAAAUUUAAGUCAGAAUUUACUUAUUGGGGAGAUACCACAACAGGUUGCAAAAUUACUUUCCUUGGAAAUGUUGGACCUUUCUCACAAUAUGCGCAAUGGUUCCAUCCCAAAUUCUUUUAAUGAUUUGCAAAGCUUGACUGUUGUGAAUAUCUCUUGCAAUCAAUUAGUAGGUCCUAUACCCAACAUUAAGGCAUUUCAUGAGGCUUCGUUUGAUACCUUAAGAAACAAUAACGGCCUAUGUGGUAAUGCCACUGGACUAAUGCAUUGUGUCGUCGCUGCUGCUAGCAACAACGUUGGUCAUAGAAAAAGCACCAAGUUCAUCAUUUUCAUUGUGCUUUCACUCUUUGGUCUUCUUCUUUUACUAUUUAUCAUGGCCGGAAGUUUCUUUAUUCUCUGCCAAAAGAACCGAACUAGAAAAUCUGAGUCAAUGGAGGCACAACUUGGAGAUUUUUUCACAUUGUGGGGAUAUAAUGGAAGAAUACUCUAUGAGAACAUUAUUGAAGCCACUGAAGAUUUCAGCUCCAACAAUUUCAUUCAGGAGGCUAUGGAGCUGUUUAUAAAACUGUGCUACCCAUUGGUGAGGUGGUUGCAAUGA